AUGUUUGGAAAGAAUUACGACGAUGCGAAUGAAAGCAGUGUUGCUUUUGAGAAUCCAGACAGCCCUGAGGUGACUGAAACAAAUGCUGAAGAAAUUAUUUCUCCGAAUGAAGACAAUGUAUUGGCCGAGAACAGUAACGGAUCAAUUACACAAGAAUUUGAUUUCGCUAACCAUGAUAGAACAAUCGCUUUUGAGCGGGAAGGCGCCAGAGCCGGUCAAGAAAAACAAGCUGAAAAGAUGUUACUUGCUUCCAAACAACGAUUUCAUCCUGUAAAUGUGGAAGAUAAUGUGCGAAUUGCCAUUGAUCCGGUCGAUCGUCCGAAAAUUGGACAUAGCAAUCUCAUGGGUAUCGUCACGAAAGGU